AUGUCAGAGUUGGAAACUACUGAUAAUUUUCGUAGCUUUGUUAAUGGUGAUGGUGCCAAUGAUGAUGGAGAUUAUGAAAAUGAUGACAACUACCAAGAUGAUGUCGGAGUACAAGAUGAGGAGGAGGUGGAUUCGGAGUUACAGAAUGAGGAUGAUGGAGAUUAUGAUGAAUUUUGGAUUCCAGGACAUAGGAAGAUGUCGGCAUCUGAUAUUAUGCAAGUUGAAAAUUAUAGGAAAGUUGGCAUUAGACCUCCGCACAUGUACGCAGCAUUUGCCAAUCAAUGUGGUGGAUAUGAGAAUGUGGGGUUUAUCAGGAAAGAUAUUUACAAUGAAGAAGGACGCAUAAGGAGGCAACAUAGUUCAGAUGCAAGGGGUGCAUUGAAGUAUUUAUAUGAUUUACGCAAGAAAGAGCCAAUGAUGUAUGUUUCAUGCACCACGGAUGAAGAGUCAAGACUGCAACGGUUGUUUUGGUCUGAUACUGAGAGCCAAUUGCUUUAUCAGGUAUUUGGUGACAUUCUGGCAUUUGAUGCCACUUACAAGAAAAAUAAGUAUUUGUGCCCUUUUGUUGUUUUCUCUGGUGUGAAUCACCAUAAUCAGACAAUAGUUUUUGUUGCUGCUAUUGUGACUGAUGAGACGGAAGAAACAUAUGUUUGGUUGUUAGAACAGUUGUUGGUAGCAAUGAAAGGAAAAGCUCCCUAUUCAAUAAUAACUGAUGGAGAUCUGGCUAUGAGGAAUGCUAUAACAAGAGUCAUGCCAGGUGUUUCUCACAGAUUGUGUGCAUGGCACUUAUUGCGUAAUGCAUUGAGCCAUGUCCGAGACAAACAUGUUUUGAAAUGGUUGAAAAAACUAAUGCUUGGUGAUUUUGAAGUGGUGGAAUUCGAAGAAAAAUGGAAAGAGAUGGUUGCUACGUUUGAAUUGGAAGACAAUAGUUGGAUUGCUGAACUUUAUGAAAGACGGAUGAAGUGGUCUACUGCCCAUUUGAGGGGUCAUUUUUUUGCGGGCAUACGGACAACAUCUCGUUGUGAGGCUUUCCAUGCACAUGUUGCAAAAUAUGUUCAUUCACGCACCAAUUUAACCGAUUUUGUAGAACAAUUUCAAAGGUACCUGACAUAUUUUCGAUAUAGAGCGGUUGUGGCAGAUUAUUCGUCAACAUACGGGAAAGAAGUUUUGCAAACAAAUCUUCGAUCUCUUGAGCGGUCUGGUGAUGAAUUGUUUACAAAGGAGAUGUUUCAACUUUUUCAGUCUUAUCUAUGUAGGACUAUUAAGCUAAGAGUCGUUGAUUGCAAAGAGAUGGCCACGUUUUCAGUUUUCACAGUUGUCAAGUAUUGUAGUGGAAGUGUUUGGUGUGUGUCGCAUUGCCCAUCAACGGUUGAGUUUACAUGUACUUGUAUGAGAAUGCAAUCCAUUGGUCUUCCAUGUGAUCACAUAUUGGCUGUGUUGGUUUCUUUAAAUUUUAUGGAGUUGCCAAGUAGUUUGGUUUUGAAUAGGUGGUCCAAACUUGCCACCGAACAGAUUAAAGACAAAUAUCCGGAUUCCGCAAUGUAUUGGGAUUCGCAAUUGAUGGCCAGGUAUGCCACUUUGGUUGAAGUUUCUAGAGAAGUUUGUGAAGCCGCAUACCGUGAUGAAGAGGAGUAUGACAAAAUGUUGCAUUUCCUAUCCAAUGAGGCUACAAGGCUGAAGUCGAAGCAAAACAACAAACAUUGUGUUGAUGAUAAUCAGACGCACCAACAAGAUGAUGAUUUUGCAGGUAUUUUAGACCUUGUUGUGGUUCGAAGUAAAGGAUGCGGACAGGUCGGAAUGGAUGAAAGUGGCAGACAAAGGAGAAUCCAAAAGUGUUGGCAAUGUGGUGGAAUUGGCCACAACAAGCGUUCUUGCACCAACCGUCCUCGAAAUGUAAAUGGUUGUAUGUCAUCCACCGAACAAACUAAUACUAUGUUGCAAGCUACACAUGAAAGUUACUCUGAAGUGGAGCCGCAGACACAAUCAUUUGUUGCUGGUAGUAGCUGUGGGUGGACUACUCUAGUUUCGAGGACCAGAACCUCCUAUGAAGAAGAAGAAGGAGAAGCUAGAGGAUUAUUGACAAAGAUUGUAACUUCUGCAACCAUUAAAUGUUGA